AUUCGACUUACGUGAUCUAAUUCUGGGUUCGUCUUGUCAUUGUAUUAAUAGGAUGUGUUUCUGUUCACUUUGACCAUUUCAGCCACAUUGGAAAAGGCAUUGUCGAACGAACCCUUGGGCGAGAUGGAGCCCCCAACCAAGAGGCAAUGUUUUGAUGAUGUAUUAGAUUUAAGUCGAAAGUCUAACCAUGUUACUAAUGGCAGUGAAAAACUUUCUAGCAGGAAUGAUGAUGAUGUCAUUAUGCUGAGUGAGGAUGAGGAUGAUCGUCUACUUGGGUCUCUCUGUGAUGAAAUGGAAAAAGAAAACGCUCCCAAGCAAUCACUUCUAUCCAAGUCGCGUGCAUUUCUUUUAAAACUGGAAAAUGAACUCAGAAAUGAAGAAAGUGCAUUAGUUUUGCUUCAGCAGUUACGAGCCAAUCAACGUUCGCAUGCAUUACAGCCGAAAAGUACAAAAGUCCCAUCAAGUGUAACAAAUACAGUCCGUAAUACACAAUCACCUGUUAACCAAGUUCGGCCAGCUGUCAGCCAAGCUGUGAUUAGAAAUGUCCCGUCAACAACUGGUGGUCGUGCAACACUAUCUCCAGCCCAAAACACUACGGCGGUAAAUCCAACAAACGCGACGGCAAUAACGAAAGUAACUAAAGGAAUGGCUAUCCACGCUCUCGAACAACAAUGUAGUGGUAAAAAAGCAAUGCUUCGGAAGCAGUUAGAGAGAACGCUAGAUAAAGUUGUUCUUCCAAAGCCUGCCGUGGGAAAUGGAUUGUCAGUGGUGCCUUUUGUUCCAAGCACUUUGACAAAUGAGUUUACUGCAAUGAUAGGCCUUGAGGAAAUCGUAACCACCAUACAAGACUUCGACCCAUUGAGCACGGAUAAGAGUUCUGAACAAUCUCGCUUUGUUAACCCAUUCUCAUGUUCACGUUGUGGUACGGACUUCACACCUGUUUGGAAACGCAAACGCCCAGGCUCAUCUGAAGUUGUUUGUGAAGCCUGUAUAGUUGACAGUCAGCGUUCAGUCAUUCAUAAAGCAUACAGUAGUGUUAUUUCAGCUGCACUUAAACAGCACGCUGCUUCAGAACGUGAAAUCGAGCAUGAAUAUCAAGACGUAGUCAAUUCACCAGCUAAGUUGGAAGCUUUUAUUAAAGAACAUGAACGUAAGCUUCUGGUUACUCAACAAGCUCAAGUAGCCCAACAACAGCAGCAACAAAUGCAGCAAGUUGCUUCAGCUACUGGCUUACAUAAUCAAAGGUACCAACAACAACAGCAAGGGUUCCAGUCUCAGAAUGUAUUUAAUACUGCUAGUAGCUCAAGGCAUGGACAAACAAAUGUGGUCAACAGCGCUUCCUCAUCUCAGUUAGGAAUGCCAAAUGUUUCGUCUCGUCGACAAACUACAUCCAAUAACGUUAGCGUCAGUUCUCCUGUUUCUUUACCUAUUCAGCAGCAGGGACAUGUAGCAGGAAAUGUUGUUCAGCAGUUGGCAUCUCGUUACCAACAACUUACAAAAGCAGCUGUUGCUGCAGUUGUUGGUGGUGGUCAAAGUCCGGUUAAUCAUUCUGUUGCUAAUAACGCUGCCACUGCCAACUUGAUGAUGACUGCGGCCGCAAAUCCUAUGCUUGCAGCAGCGGCAGCAGUUUCGGCAACUAAUCAGCAACAGCAAUCGGUUGCCCAACAACAGUUAACUGCUGCAGCAUUGGCACAACAAAGGCUAGCUGCAGUAGCAGCUCUAAACUUCCAGCAUCAACAACCACACCACACACAACCUUCAACUGGAGCUGUAACACCUAAUUCACCCAUUGAUCACUUAGCUCAGUUUACGCAGAUGCAGACAUUGUUAAUGAGCAGUCUCUUGGGAAAUGCAGGUAUAUUUUAUCACUUAUGUUUAUUAUCUUAAUCUGGAUAUUUUUAUUUUAAUCUCUGUCCUUAAUGCAAAUUGUCUUGUUUUUCGUGUGACUUGGGUAAUUACGAAUAACAUUUCCAAACGACUUUUAUUGCGGACUCUGUCUCAGCAACAAUAAGUUAGCUACGUUUUUCUGUCUAUCAAUUGCUCUGAUCUUACUUGUGAAAGGUCUGUAGAUUCGAUUUAUCUCAUAAGUUCUAUGGGGGUUUGAGCGUCCUUUCCAAAGUACAAAUUUAACUUGGGUCUGAUUGCAACUGUUCUUCAUAGUAUUGGGUGUAGUCUUUCUAUCAAGAUAUACUCUUCAAUUUGUGGUCGAAGGACUCAAAUUCCGCAUGUUCGAACUCUGCUUUCGUUCGAAAAACCGGAUAGUAACUCUGUUCUUUACACCAAUAACUGACUACAUAAACAUUUACCUGUUCAACCAUUCGACCUUGCAAAAUGUUGCCUCUGGUCUCCCUGUACCCAGCUGCAGAUUACGCUAAGAUUGUCUUAUAUCAGACAACGGAAUUCCAAGUAUCUAUGCUAUCCAUCCUUCAAAAUCCACUUUUCAAGAUUUAGUUGUGAAUUCUCUAGGUUUCUAUAAUUGGCAUACAAUUGAUCUGAACAACAGAAAAUAAACUUCCUAACUACAUUCAACUAUACAGUAAUUCAUAUCAUAGUUGAGUGGAUGAGAUUGCAAAAUCUUGGAGGAAUCGGGAUACAUGAUGUUUGUUCAUAGUCUCCACCUGCACUGUCACUAAGUGCAGUCCUAGCAAAAUGAACGAAAGAGUGAAUAAUGUUUUCUAAAUUUCAGCUCAAACAGGCAAAUAAAACUUUCUACUUCAACUGUCUCUUUUUCAACCAUUUAUUUUUAACGACUACUAUAGAAUUCUAAGUACUUUAAAUAUGCAAACAGAAUUACAUGUAACACUAAUCUAAUUACUGAUAGAUUUUGUUAUUUCGGACUGUGGUUUUUGAAGAUGCGUCAUUGUUUUUGGUGUUAAUUUGUGUCAAAGAAUUCUAAUACUUUGAUAAGUGGUGAUAAAAGCUGACUGAUAUUCAUCUUUAUCUUUUUCAACAAUAAUUCAGCUGCUGCUACUGGGGCGCAAGCAACAGCUAAUACUAGACAACAACAACAACAGCAAAUAUUGCAGCAUGCACUUUUACAGUACACCUACUUACUACAACAGCAACAAGCUGCUGCAGCUGCACAAGCUCAACAGCAACAAAAUCAGCAAGUUAAUGCUGCCGCAUUGCAACAGCUAAUGAGCGGUGCUGCAGCUAAUCCGGCAGCGUGUAUGACCUUGUUACAAAAUUUGUGGGCACUAAAUGCUGCGUCAAACGGUGUUAAAAAGUAGUGUUUUGAUAUCGUAACUUUAUUCCUAAUUUAAUGACUUCACUGUUUUGUGUGUCUAUUUGCUAUUGAUAUCUCUAUAUUUCUAUUAUUUGAUUAGCUCAUGUUUCAGUUUGCUGUGCCUUAGUGACUACAACGCGUACAGCGUACUUUAACACAAAUCAAUCGUUUAUUCUAGGCUGUUGUUAAAUUUUUUUACAUCAUCCACCGACUAGUUUACUACGUAUACCCAAAUUCUGGUUCUUUAAAACCACUUGUCAUUUCCUUUUUCUACAUUGUACAUAUCUUCAUAAAUUCGUCGUAUUGUUUCAGUUUCAUUUGCUUUAUUAAUGAUAUUUUUCUGAUUUUUCAGUGAACAUAUCGUCUUGCAAAUUGUCACUUACAGUUGUUUUCAUCCUAUCUGGUCAUGGGUUUAGUUUACAACACUCCCUGGCUUAUUUUUGGUUUUGAGCAUUGUGAGGAAGUAAUAGAUAAGUUCGAUCUGCUUAACGGUGUAGGGUAUUUUCAACAUGCCUGCAAACUCCAAUGUUGUUGGUAAUAUAGUACUUCAGGUAC